AUGAGCGGAAAGUUGCAAGCAGGAUUAAGCAAUAGCGGUUAUAAAAGAGAAGAGUAUAAUGAAGAUCCUUCUUCCAAAGAAUUAAAUGCCUACGUUUAAAAUCUUUUAAAAUAAAUGCAAGAUAGAUUUGAAGACAUGAGCGGAAACAUAGUAGGCAGAAUAGAUGAAAUGAGAAAAAGAAUUGAUGACAUUGAAAAAUCUGUCUCUGAUUUAAUGAAUGAUUUAGGAGUUGAUGAUGUUGAUUUGCAUGCCAAUGCAAGAAAUGUCAAAAUUUGA